AUAGAGUCAUAAUUAUCGCAGAAAUUGAGUUUAAAGUACGCCGCAAAAAGCGACCGUGCGCAACGGUGGUGGGGAGCAGAACCAGCAAAUGAUCUGCCGGGGACCUCCCGCUGACGUUGUAGGGGGGGCGCUCGCUGAUUGGUACAGAGAAAUGCUGUCUGCUACUCAGCUGUCGUCUGCUACUCAGCUGUUCGGGGCUCUGAAAAAGCAUUACUCUGGCUCGGUCAUGAUUUCCUAAAAUUCACGGUGCCUUGUUCUACGAAACACAUGAUUCAUUUAUCGCUAUCACUAACGCUACGGAAUCACAAGACUGCAGAACAGUGCAACAGUUGCUGUAAUACCGGCCGCAGCAAACAGCUGUUUCUUUAUCGUCGAAGGUAUUUAGAAGAGAUGACUGUAUUUUGUUUCCGUAUAUUUUUAACGCGAAUUUAUUGCUUCUAUCGCCUCAAAGAAACGUCCUUCAAAAGAGAUCUUACAGUAGACGGAUCACCGCGCACACUGCUAUAUAAACCCUAACACAACCGUCACUGGUCCUCUCAUUUCAGCUAGUUUUACGUAAGCGCAACGCGGCUGAAACUGUGUGUGGUAAUCGGUGCCUUGCCUGACGCAAUCCGCUGCAAUCCUGCGUAAUGCGUGUGUGCGGCGUUCGUGGCUGUGUAAACACCAAAGAAUCCCGCUCUGGUGGACGAAAGGGACCGGGUAUUCGCUAUCACAAGGUUCCAAAGAACGAGCCCGCACGGACCACAUGGCUGAGGUUGAUAGGACGUGAUGCCGUCCCACAGGACUUCGAAAUCUCCGUCUGUUAUUUGCACUUCCGAUCGGACGAUUACGUAUUGAACAUGGCACUCGCGGACGCGUCCGGAGUUGGGAGAUUCCGAGGUAGACUGACGCCUGGCGCGACGCCGUCGUUGAACCUGCCGACGGGCGAUCAGCAUGCAGUGCAACAGAAAAACAAGGCCAGCCUGUGUAUCCCAGAAGGAUGUGACAGCCAAGCUAGUGAUGGUAACACUGCAUGGACUGGCUCCAUGGUUCUUGCUUCCCAACCUGGUAACGAAGAAAGCAGCCACGCAUCUGAAACAGUGUGUGCUUCCCCUGCACUUCUGUCUCCCAAUGCUUCCCAACAUGGUAACGAAGAAAGCAGCCACGCAUCUGAAACAGUGCGUGCUUCCCCUGGAUUUCUGUCUCCCGAUCUCGACACGACCCCUCCAAACAUCCUGGAGUGCAUGAACUGUGGAUGCAAGCAGCUCAAAAGCACAUGUUCAACCGAAGAGAAAGGCACACAGUAUUCUCCACCGAAGGAGUCAAGAUGGACUCAAACAGUACUUACGAAGACUAGAACAACUGGCACACAAGCAAAUCGUAAUGUUGCGGCGCUGCAGACAUCAUGUACUCAGACAAGUGAAGAGCUUUGUCAAACUCAGCUACAGGACAGUGGGCUUCCUUGGCAGUCAAUGCAAACAUCCUGCAACCGGACAAGUGAGGAGCCCCAUCAAGCUAACCAACAAGACACCGCAGUGCAAUGGGAACCAAAGCGUUGUUCCACACCAGUUAUGGACGUGACAGAGAGCAGUAUCGGUGACACCGAAAACCCAGCAGACACUACAUAUGUACCGAGUAACGACAGUGUUCUCAGUGACCGCCAUCAAUACCGGUCUGUGGAUCCACAGGAGGAGCCAAAAUACAUAGUGUUUGAAAGCAAACUGAAGGAACUCUUUCGUGUAUGUACCACAUGUUUGAGUCCAUGCACUUCGUCAUUCAGCUGUGUCGGAUCCCUGCUUCGAGUGAAGUGCUACUGUCCAGAUGGCCACAUUUUCUGUUGGGAAAGCCAGCCGUACAUAGCCAAUAAGCCUGCUGGGAAUGUACUUUUGUCAGCUGCCAUUCUAUUCAGCGGAGCCAGCCCAAUACCAACACUGCGUAUGCUUCAACUGAUAAAUGUCAAGGCCAUCUGUGACAACACAUUUUUCUGCUACCAGCGAGGCUACCUUCUUCCCGCAAUAACAGAGGUAUGGAUACAACACCAAGCCACACUCCUGGUUGAGAUGCAGGGCAGGAGAAUCAACUUAGCUGCUGACGGACGGUGUGAUUCACCUGGACAUAAUGCAAAAUACCUUUCCUACAACUUCUACAACUGGGAGUUGAACAAAGUCAUCCACACUGUCCAGGUCCAGUCCAAUGAAGUGGCGUCAAGCUACCACAUGGAGCUGGAAGCAUUGAAACGUGGGCUGGAAGAGCUGAAAGACUUCAAUGUUGCGGUAGACACCCUAACAACAGAUAGGCAUGCCAGUGUCAGAAAAUACAUGCGCACAUCAUAUCCAACUGUGAAGCAUCAGUUUGAUGUUUGGCAUGUCUCCAAAGGCAUCCGCAAGAAGCUCAUGAGUGCGAGCAAGACAAAGGGGUGUGAAGCACUUGAGCUGUGGACAAAGCCUGUUGUCAACCACCUUUACUUCUGUGUCACUCACUGUGAAGGGGACACAGAGCAAGCUCUCUCAAUGUGGAAGAGCCUCAACAACCAUGCUUGCAAUGUCCAUGAGGGUCACGAGGGUUCUUAUACGCGCUGUUUGCACCCUCUCCUCGACGACACGAAGCGACCAUGGCUCAUUCCUGGAUCACAGCCGCAGAAAAAGCUAGCCAGUAUAACAUUGUCAAAGUACCUCCUCAAGGACAUCCCGAGCCUUUCUCCUGAUGUGCAGACUUCAAGCUUGGAGGCAUUCCACAGCCUCCUCAUCAGGUUUGCUCCAAAGUCUGUUGGGUAUGGCCCCAAAACCAUGAAGUGCAGGACAUAUCUCGCAAUCCUGCAUUUCAAUGAGAACUCUGCCAGGGCGCAUGCUUUCACGGAGGACGGGGAACUACGCUAUCUCCUGAAACGGUCCAAGGUGUACUCUGGAGAGUAUGUUGCACUGCCCAUCAAGGAGGAGCCUACCUUCAACUAUGUGCACAAGCUUCUCAAGAAAGUGGUAGAGCUGUGCGAUAGGUGGCCUACGUUUGAUGCAGCAUGGGCUGCAAACCCUCCUGAGGAGCUCCCCAGCCUGACAAGCAGCCAGCCCCCCAUGGAUAAGCAGGCACUGAUAGAGGCCAGGCAACACCGCUUACGGCCUUGUGCAUGCUGCCUGUGCUGCAAAACUCCAGGUUUGAACCCUGUAUAAAACGUAGACGGAAACUUGUCCCGGAUGGCCCACACUACGCAGGAUGGCAGCACACGCCUAUCUCCCUCUUCGAGGCGCCCCCAAAGCCACGAUGCACAUUGUUUGUAGGCAACAUGGCGGUAUCUCCUCAAGGAAAGUGUUUGACGAUCACACAAGAAGCAGCACAAUUUGAGAUAAGACAUGUAAGAACAAACUCAAGAAAAAGACUGCAUAGUGACAACUCAAAGAAUAAAUACAGCCACCGAUGAGGAGCAAAAAGCAAACUUUACUCAAAGGUAACUCAAUGGCAUUUCUUCUCUCAGGCAAAUAUUGGUAACUGCUAAUUUUGUUUUCCACUUUCCUCGAGCGUAAGAGCCCCAGAAUUCCAGCAAGGCAUCAGUACCAAAUUUGUGCCAAAUUAUUUUGGGGUAGGCACUUUUCAACCACGUUGCUUGUUACGCUUCCCCUUCGCAGUGCAACUGUAUGUCCCUAGACUUAUGAUUAUCAAUACCAGAUUUCAUCAGGUGUCACUGCAACUAAGGAACAGCAUUUCAUUGCCUGGAGAAAGGCAUACAGCCACCGAUGAGGAGCAAAAAGCAAACUUUACUCAAAGGUAACUCAAUGGCAUUUCUUCUCUCAGGCAAAUAUUGGAAACUGCUAAUUUUGUUUUCCACUUUCCUCGAGCGUAAGAGCCCCAGAAUUCCAGCAAGGCAUCAGUACCAAAUUUGUGCCAAAUUAUUUUGGGGUAGGCACUUUUCAACCACGUUGCUUGUUACGCUUCCCCUUCGCAGUGCAACUGUAUGUCCCUAGACUUAUGAUUAUCAAUACCAGAUUUCAUCAGGUGUCACUGCAACUAAGGAACAGCAUUUCAUUGCCUGGAGAAAGGCAUACAGCCACCGAUGAGGAGCAAAAAGCAAACUUUACUCAAAGGUAACUCAAUGGCAUUUCUUCUCUCAGGCAAAUAUUGGAAACUGCUAAUUUUGUUUUCCACUUUCCUCGAGCGUAAGAGCCCCAGAAUUCCAGCAAGGCAUCAGUACCAAAUUUGUGCCAAAUUAUUUUGGGGUAGGCACUUUUCAACCACGUUGCUUGUUACGCUUCCCCUUCGCAGUGCAACUGUAUGUCCCUAGACUUAUGAUUAUCAAUACCAGAUUUCAUCAGGUGUCACUGCAACUAAGGAACAGCAUUUCAUUGCCUGGAGAAAGGCAUACAGCCACCGAUGAGGAGCAAAGAGCAAACUUUACUCAAAGCAUAACAUCCCUGACAUUGCAGUCUUCCAGCAAGGCAUCACCUGCACUAUCACCUGGAGUUGAAUUUAUUCUAAUGUGCUUGAUGUUAAACAUACCUUAUGACGGUACAUUUUGUUUGUUGAUAGUGUAACAAAGCCAAAGUAGGCUUUAGGAGCAACAAUAAAAAAAUAAAAGUCAA